GGAUGUUGCUGCAGAAAAAUACACAAGCAUCCUGAUAGUUCUCAUUUUAAAUUCAUCACUACAAAUCUCAAAUGAACCCUCAAACUUGUCUGGCCAUCUUAGUUAUUUCUCUGCAGUCCUUCCCUGUUGGUGUCCCCACUCUAAAAUAACUAUUGCUAUUUUACUUCUUCUCCUCUCUCUCCAAAGUCCCAGUAUCCUCCCCCCAGUCCUCCACUUCGCUGAGCCCCAACUCGCCUCAUAUUAUACCGAGAGAAUAGCUGUUUUCUUCACCUCACUCAGGCUCUGAUACCUCUCAUUGGGCUGCCACCCACACACACCUGGACCCCUCCUUACUGCUCUGACACACCAUGCUGAACCACUCUCCUCAUAGGAAGGAGGGCAGAACUUCUUUUUUACCUUUCUGUUCACUCGCGGAAACCUUAGUGGAGUAGUGGUUAAGUACUACAGCUGCUAACCAAGAGGUCGGCAUUUUGAAUCCACCAGGCGCUCCUUGGAAACUCUAUGGUGCAGUUCUACUCUGCACUAUAGGGUCGCUAUAAGUUGGAAUUGACUUGAUGGCAGUGGUUUGGUUUGGGUUUGUUCACUCGCGCUUGGCUGGCACAGACACUUAACCGUACACUUUUCACGUAAAGGUUGGCAGUUCAAACCCACUCAGUGGCUCCACGGAAGAAAAACCUAGUGAACAGCUUUCAUAAAGAUUACAGCCAGGAAAACCCAAUUGAGCAGUUCUAUUUUUUUUUUUUUAUUGUGUAACAUAUGGGGUUGCCAUGAGUCGGGGCUGACUCAGCAGCAGCUAACAACAUAUCCCAAACACUUAGAAUAAUGCUUUUUGACUAAGGGACAUUCUCAAUAAACACUGGUUGGUUGACCGAAUGAAUCUCUUGUCCAUUCUUUGGUAUAUUCUUCCAUGUUUGUCCUUGCAAAGCUUUUCACAGUUUUAAGCCCACUUCAUCCCAUUACAACAGCUCCUGAUAUUCCAAGCAUCAGCUUCAGGUCUAUGUGAAUGUAGUGCGUAAAGCAUCCGUUGGGGGUGGGCAGCAGAGGGCCCCAGCACAGGUGCAGCUUCAGGCUCUGGGCCUAUCUUGAUAUGAACAUACUCAGAAAGCUGACAAGGGAUUCUCUGAGGUGUACGACGUAUGGGUCAACGUAGGGAUGUUGUUGUUGCUGUUCGGCAAGUCGUUUUUGACACACAGUGACCCUAUCUACAACAGAAGGAAACACGGCCCGCUCCUGCACCAUCAUCACAAUCAUUGUUAUGCUUGAGCCCAUUGUUGUAGCCACUGUGUGAGUCCAUCUCGUUGAGGGUCUUCCUCUUUUUCGAUGACCCUCAACUAUGCCAAGCAUGAUGUCCUUCUCCAGGCACUGAUCCUUCCUGAUAACAUGAAUCUUUAUGACCCAGACGUUUGUGAAAUCAUCUCUUUAUCCCCACGCUUUGAAAGUUCAUAAUGAUGUGUCUUGUUGUAGGUCUGUUUUCAUCUUUCUCCUGGUACUUGGUGGGAUCUUUCAAUUUGGAAACAUAUCCUCUAGUUUUGGAAAACUUUCUUGAAUCAUUUAUUGAUGAUUUGCUUCCUUCCAUUUUCUUUGUUCUGUCUUUCUGGAACUCCUACUUUGAUCCUCUGAUGUUCUUGUCUUUCCUGUCCUAUUUUUAAUCUUUUGUUCUCGUAUCUGGAAGAUUUCUUCAGUUUAAGCUUCUAAUAUUUUUAUUGAGUUUUUCAUUUCUACUACCAUAUUUUUAAUUUCUAACAGCUUGUUUUUAUUUCCUGAAUGUUCCUUUUUCCCUGUUUUUGUGUCAUAUUUGCGUGUGACAUCUUAUUUUAUCAGAGUAGUGAUCAUAGUUUUAAUUUGUGUUGUUUUAGUUUUCUGUUUCCUCCAAUUUGCCAUUUUUCUUUGAUUCUUCUUGGAUUAUCUCUUUCAUAAUAGAGGCUUUCCUCAGAUGUCUGCUAAUCCUUGGACAUUUACUUAAAUACAGAAGUGGGCAACUAAAUGUUAAUUUGAAGUUCCCAGCCCCUAACUGGGUUUAAACAUUAUGUACUUCACUGUAGGGUGAUCAAGCUGGGUUGGGUCGGUUUCACUGGACAUCCUUAAAUCUCUCCUCUUAGGCUGGUCAGAUUCCCCAGAGAAGCCUCUCCCUAUAGCCUACUAGAAAACAAAGGUAUGAUUGCCAGCAUUUUAAAGAGCUGAGUGAGGGUCUCAGCAGCUAAUAGGCAAAUGUUUCGUUAAUCUACCCAUUUUCUGGAUGAUAUCCUCCCUUAACUCUGUUUGGUGUUCCUCAGUGCAGAGACCCUGUUUUAUGCUUUGGAGUAGAUAAGGGGCAGUUGCUUGGCUGUAUGGCUCUUGGGGCAGAGAUGGGUGAGAUGCUGCAGUGUAAAUUGAGUUGGUUAUUAGCUCUGCCGGCUCAGUUCUCAGGUCUGUCCUUUACCACUUUCCAUUUGCAUACCAGAUUUCAAUUUUUUGUUGCAGCUUUCUCUCCCAUUUUCCCCAUUCUAACAGGAUUUUGCCUUUCAUAAGAAUCCUUUACUUGCUUUAGAGGAGUCUGGGGAAGAAGCAAAAGAUGUGUGUUCAAUUCAUUGUCUUUCCCCAAAAGAUCCAAAUGUGUUAUAUGUAUUUGUUUAAUUUAAUAUUAUUUUACCUUAAAAAUACUUACAGUAACAUUUUCAGGAAAAAACAAAAUCCAAGUAGAAAUAAAGAGGAAGAAAAAAUCAGGAAAACUGGAGAAUAAUUACAACAACAACAACAAAAAAAGGCGGUCCAGGUAUCCAAUUCUGAAAGCACUUUUAGAAAAAAGUGAAAGUCACGAAAGGGUACGGGAAGAAAAACCCUAUAUUGUGUGUGGAAGACCUUGUAGGACAGACUGCUUUAACAGAUCUGACUGAUUUCAAUUACCUUUCGAAGAAUAGCCUCAAGUUUUCUUGAUGUCUCUGUUCUUCAUUAAUUCAUCUAUUGAACAGACAAUGAUUAUAAGUCACAGCAAAUGAUCACCAGAGGCUGAGGCUACUAAGCUGAAUGUCGUUGCUGUUGUUAGGUGCUGUCCAGUCGGUUCCUACUCAUAGCCACCCUGUGUACAACAGAACAAAACCCUGCCGGAUCUUGCACCAUCCUCACAAUCAUUGUUAUGACUGAGCCCAUUGUUGCAGCCACUGUGUCAAUCCAUCCCAUUGAGGGUCUCCCUCUUUUUUCACUGACCCUCUGCUUUACCAAGCAUGAUGUUCUUCCCCAGGGACUAGUCCCUCCUGAUAACAUGUCAAAGUAUGUGAGAUGUAGUCUCGCCAUCUUUGCUUUUAAGGAGCAUUUUUGUUGCACUUCUUUCAGGACAGAUUUGUUCAUUUUCUUUUGGCAGUCCAUGGUAUAUUCAAUAUUCUUUGCCAACAAGACAACACAAAGGCAUCAGUUCUUUGGUCUUCCUUAUUCAUCAUCCAGCUUUCGCAUGCACAUGUGGUGAUCCUAAACACCAUGGCUUGGGUCAGGGGCACCUUAGUUUUCAAUGUGAUAUCUUUGCUUUUUAACACUUUAAAGAGCUCUUUUACACCAGAUUUCCCCAAUACGAUGCAUCUUUUGAUUUCUUGACUGCUACUUCCCUGGGUCUUGACUGUGGAUCCAAGUAAAAUGACACCCUUGACAACUUCAAUCUUUCCUCUAUUUAGCAUGAUGUUGCUUAUUGGUCCAGUUGUGAGGAUUUUUCUUUUCUUUAUGUUGAGGUGUAAUCCAGGCUGAGGGCUGUGGUCUUUGACCUUCAUCAGUAAGUGCUUCAAGUCCUCUUCAUUCUCAGCAAGUAAGGCUGUGUCAUCCGCAUAUCGCAGGUUGUUAACGAGUCUUCCUCCAAUCCUGAUGCCCCAUUCUUCUUCAUAUAGUCCAGCUUCUCGGAUUAUUUGCUCAGCAUACAGAUUGAAUAGGUAUGGUGAAAGAAUACAGUCCUGACACACACCUUUCCUGACUUUAAACCGCGAAGUAUCUGCUGUUCUGUUCAAACAACUGCUUCUUGAUCUAUGUACAGGUUCCUCAUGAGCACAACUGAGUGUUCUGGAAUUCCCAUUCUUUGCAAUGUUAUCUAUAAUUUCUUAUGAUCCACACAGUCGAAUGCCUUUGCAUAGUGAAUAAAAUGCAGGUAAACAUCUUUCUGGUGUUCUCUGCUUUCAGCCAGCACCCAUCUGACAUCAGUUACGAUAGCCGUGGUUCCACAUCCUCUUUUGAAUCUGGCUUGAAUUUCUGGCAAUUCCCUGCUGAUAUACUGAUGCAACUGCUUUUGAAUGUUCUUCAGGAAAACUUUAUUUGCCUGUGUUACUAAUAAUAUUGUUUGAUAAUUUCCACAUUUGGUUGGAUCAGUUAGUGCCCUCAUGAAGUUUGUCAAGCAUUAAAGUAUAAUAUGGUAAAUGUUUCAAUCCCUCAGGCACUACGGGAACGUGGAGGAGAGAGUGAUUACUCUGGAAAUCGAGGAGAUACCACAGAAGUAGGAGGAAAACCAAAAGAAAUUGGUGUCACUAAGGGAGCCCGUGGAUACUGCCAAGAGGUUAAGCGAAGCAAAUAACAUUGGAUUUAGCGAUAUAGAUGAAAGUAUCUUUCGUUUCAGUGAGGGUGAAAGUCAGAAGUGAUGGGCUGAAGAGGGUAUGGAAACAGGAAAUGUUGACAGAUUUUCCAAGCUCUACUUUGAAGGACAACACAGAGCUACGUGGGAUUAAAGGUUUGCUUGGUUAACUUUAAAUAGGAAAGACGUAAGCUUGUUUGACUCUCUUAGGAGAAAAAGCCAAAACAAAAGAAAAAGUUGAAAAUACAAGGCAGAGUGAGGAUGGUUGAUUGGGCAAAAUUCUUGAGAAAGCAAAAAAAAAAAAAAAAGAUAUCAAGAACACAGACAAAUCCAUUACCCUCAAGUCGAUUCCGACUUAUAUUGACCUUACAGGAUGGAGUAGAACCGUCCCAUUGGGUUUACACGUAGCCACAGGUAGAUUCAACUGCCAGCCCUUUGGUUAGCAGCCAGGCUAUUAAUCACUGCGCCAUCUGGGUUCCAAGAACAUAGAGAAAGGGAUUGUUUUUAAACUGAAAGGUUUCCCUCUUAACAGAAGAGAAGGAAAGGAGGGUGGCUGCUGGGUAAGGCAAAGAUUGUUUCAGUCUGGCGGCAUGGGGUCUGUUACCUUCGCGAAGUAGGAAGCAAAGUCAUCUGAUAACAAAGAGGGAAUUGGUGUCAGAAGUUGAGACUACAGAAAUUUCAAAAUAAUUACUGAAGAGAAAGUAAGAGAGAACCAAAGACCAAUAACGAAAAGUUCAAUUAAACUGGAGAACAUAAAUUUAGUACAGCACUCACAUUCACAAGAGUGCCACAGAAGGGCAAUGGGCAAUACAAGGGAGCAUUGUGAGAAGUCAUAGAACUUGGAAUUUAAACGGAGCAGGAAAAGAAAGGAAGAAGGGGGCCGAUAGGAAGAAAUCAGCGGGGUCAGGGGUGGAGGUCUGGAUGAGAACAACGAAAAGCUGUGGGAGGCGGUUUGUGUCAGCAAGAUUUCAUCAUUUUGACUUCAUCAUUGAGGAAACACUUGGUCGAUGACAAGGUAUUCCCUCCAAACAGCAACUUCUCGGUCAUCCCGAAGCUAAAUCGUGUGGGCAGGUGACACGAUUAUUCAGGAUCCUCAAGUGCCAGCCACCUAACCCGCCCUGCACCGGGGCAGCGGCGAGACGCAUGCGCGCUGUGAGCGCGAUCCCGCCGCGCCCGAGCAGGACGUCGCCGUCGCCUCUCUUUCCUUCCCGAUCUUCUCCAGCGCGUAACUGAAUGAGUCUGAAAAUUACCCGGUGCCGUGAGCACAGGUGCCACGCCUUCCCUCGACCAGAAACCCUCCGCCUGGGCCCGCGCGGGAGGAGCGGGUCCUCUGAGGGGAGCGGCGACCCCGCCGGCCCCGGUCUCUUUCCCUGGCGGCGGCGGCGGUGCCGGCUUCCCCCCUGGGACAAUAUGUUCAAGAGAAUGGCCGGAUUUGGGCCUGACACCGGCCGGAGAGUUACGGUCAGUGCCGGCCCGCGACUCCCUUCCGGCGGUGGCUGUCACGGCCUGGCCCCUCCCAGCGUGGUGCGGCGCAGCGUGGGCCGGUUUGUGUCUCUUUCGCGCCUUCUCUCCUCGGGUUUGAAUCGCGGCUUGAAGGCGGGCGGAGAGUCAGAGGCCGACGUCACCGCGUCACUACAGCCUCCUGCCCCGCCAAAAGCAAACGUAAUCACCGAUGACCUGGAGGUUGUGGCAGAGGAAACAGGCCACUUAGCGGGCUGGGGAAUCUUGGCUUGGUGCUCACCGGCUCCAGCCCAGGUCAUCCGCAAACGGGGGAUGCCGCCGCCUGGCUGUGAGGAUAAUAACGGUGGCAGCAAAUACCGGCUAAGCGCCUAUCGUCUGCCCAAAGAGGCUAAACACUCCCCGAUGCUCUGAUUUAAUCCUCACCACAACAGUAUAGAGUCACUAUCACCCGCGGUAUCUACAAGUGCCAAAACCGAGGAGUAGAAAAUUGGAAACUUGCCCGAGUUUAUGGUGUUUACAAAGCUACGGCCAGGAUAUUAAUCAAGGCACGUUAUCCUGACACGGUGCCUGGUACAUAAGGAACAUUGAGUAAAUGUUAAUUUUUUUUUUCUGCUGUUUUUAGUGAACGUUAGGAUACAGCCUAGCGUGUGACACUUAUUUACUUUGCUUCCACUUCCCCACAGACCCUGGCAUGUUAACGAUUUUUUUAAGGCGGGACCAAUUGCUUCUGAUUUUUAUUUAUUGUGAAAGGAAAAUUCUUUAAAAAGAAAAUCAUGCAUUAUUGCACCGAUCCAGUCAACCUGCAAUUGUUGUUGCUUUUUUUUUUUUUAGAUAGACCUUACUAUGUCACAUUUUCACAUAUAGAGCUAUGUUAUGAAGUGUUUCAAUAUUACAUGUAAAGUAACAUUCUAAAAUUUAAAACACCGGUGAAAUUUAAUGGAAUGGGAAAAAGAUCCAGGUAAAAUCUCUUAUUAUUAGACACAUUAUAAAUACAUGCAGUUAUGGGAAAGUUAUGGACUGCUAGGGAACUACUGCAGAACAAAGCGUUAAAACAUUGAUUUUUUUGAGGGAGAAGUUACGGAAUUUUCUCUGCUUGUAAUCAUGUUUGGUUCUAAAAGUUUGUAAGUUUAAGUCCAAAAUGACUUGAGUUUAACCCUGCAGUCCCCAAAUGCUUUUCCAGCAAAAAUGGGUGUGAGUUAGUCCUGGAAAGCUUGAAAAUUACAGAUUGAUUUCUUCUCCUUCCUCAUUGUUACAUGCUCUUUCAGGCAUAUUUUUCCAGGUUUCGUAAAUUUCAUCCAGGUAGAAAACCUGUAGGCUGGUGAGCCCUUUUUACCAUUAACAAACUGCACAUUCUUAGCAUACCAUAGCAGCUAUGGAAGGUUAUGCACACACUGUCACAUCAGCGAUCCUUGUUCUUCAGUCAGGCCUUGAACCUGAGGUCCCAUCUAUGGUUGCCCCAAAAGUUUCAUCAAUAGCACACACUAUGCUUAGUUAAGUUCUUGUACAGUUUCUCUUCUUCUGAACUAAUUUUAGGCUAAUAGGUAUUAGAUUUCGUUUUUGAUUAUCCAACCAGAAUGAAAAGGUUUUCUAUUUUGUUCACUAUUUUUCCACAUUUCAUAUUGCUGGUUAUAUUGGCACAACCUUUUUCACGUGUGGUACAACCUGCUGUUUGUCCUUCAGACAAAUUCUAACUAUUGAACAGUUUGUCCCAGAUUCAUGUACAUUUUGUAUUUUCAGUUUAAAUUUCUUAUCAUUUCCAUCAUAAUCCCCAAACACUGCGUUUAUGCUUGUUAGAAGUGAUGAGAAACAUAUUGAAUGUACAUCCCAGAACUGAGCACAGAAUGUAAGCAAGCAUGCCACUGGCCAGUGUUUACCAAGCUUCAGUCUAAGGGCCAGUUUACCAUUUUUUGCCAUAUCUCAGUCCAACUGUAAUAUCAUUUCAACAUUGUUACUUAAAUCAAUUCAAUUUUAAAAAUACCUUAAGCAUGAAGAUUUUUAAAUUUGGGGUUUUAUUUAUUAUUUGUAGUAUGUUUUUUCUAAUACUGAUAAAGUAUUAAAAUGAAAACUGUUUACCUUUGUUCUCCUAACAUCCUCACACAAAAUGCCUUUGUUUGGUAUUUGUACAGUUUUGGUCAACACUCAAUCACCUGUUGCCUUCGAGUGGAUACAGACUCCUAAUGACCCUAUACGACAGAGUAGAACUGCUCCAUAGGGUUUCCAAGGCGUGGCUGGUAGAUUUGAACUGCUGACCUUUUGGUUAGCAGCCGAGCAUUUAAACACUGCACCACCAGGGCUCCGAAUACUCCACAGGCUGAUUAAGGAGGAAAUGAUUGUCUAAUGUCCUCAAACUACUGACAUAACCAGCUGGUGAUGGCAGUCAACGUUGGAAAAUUUUUUCCAAAGGCUAGCUUUAAAGUUUGGGGUUACUAUUGUUACACGAAUAGUUCAUGGUAAUGUUGCCGAUACUUUGGAAAGAAAAGAGAGAAAGAUGGACACACCCAUCAGUGGAUAGUAUAUGUAAAACCACACAGAAAUGAGGAACAAAAUGAAAGAUCUUCACCAAGUAAUAGUGUCCUUCUUUCACCUGUGGAAAGAGUCCAUGGAGAAGCUCAGUAUCAUCAUUCAGAACACUGCCGGGGUCGACUGUGGAACAGACCAUCAGUUGCCCAUAUGCAAGUUUAAAUUGAAGCUGGACAAAAUUACAGCCAUUCCAUGAGAACCAAACUAUGACCUUGAAUAUAUUCCACCCGAAUCUGGAGACCAUCUAAAGAAUGGAUUUGAUGCAAAAAAAAAAAAAAGAAGAUAUAA